AUGGGAAACCCCCUAUCGCCAACAAUUGCAAAUAUUGUACUUGACACACUACUGGACGAUGUAAUUGACGAAUUAAGGGCUAAUAAUAUAGAGAUUAAGUUUAUCACUAAGUAUGUGGAUGACUUGUUUGCGAUUAUAAGGAAAUCGGACGAAGAGAAGAUAUUAAAAACAAUGAACGUUUAUCACAAUAAGAUACAAUUUACAAUAGAACGCGAGAAGAAUAUGUCAAUACCGUAUCUGGACAUCAAUAUCAUCAAGGAUAAUGGAAGAAUAAGGACAAAUUGGUACACGAAACCCACAUCUUCAGGUAGAAUGGUUAACUUCAACUCUACACAACCAUUGAAAAUGAAGAUAAGUACAGCGACGAAUUUAAUAAGGAAAGUAUUACAGAUAAGUGAUGUUGAAUACAGGAAAACCAAUAUUAAUAGAAUAAGAAAAAUACUUACAAAGAAUAGUUACCCAACAUAUAUGACGAACAAUUUAAUCAACAAAGUACUAAAAUAUGAAAAACAGCAGAAAAAUCCAAACACUGAGGAGGAAAAAGUUUUUUACAGUGUACCAUUUAUUCCCAAACUAACGGAGACAAAAACAAUGAAGAGAAUGAUCACAGAGAAAACAACAACAAUAGCUUACAAAUCAAAUAUGACACUGAGGCAUCUAUUUACAAACAACAAAACAAAAAUUGACAAACUUAAGAGUGAUAAUGUGGUCUAUGAGAUAAAAUGUGACGGUAAUGAAAGGGAGAGAUGUAACUUGGUUUACAUUGGUACGACAAAGAGAAUGUUGGGGACGAGAGUUAAUGAACACAAGACAGAUAUUGAAAAAGGAAAAAUAACGACGGCAUUAUCUCUGCAAGUAAAGGAGUGCAAUCAUAAGAUGGAUUUUGACAAUAUUAAGAUAUUGGACAGAGAACAAAAAGAGAACAAACGAUACACUCUUGAAAGCUUAAGAAUACAACAAAAAAUACACAAUACAAUGAACACGAAAGAGGACAAGGAUAACACAAAACUGCAAUAUUCCGCUGCAAUAUUUAAUUAUUAA